GUACAUUCACAGUUUCACUCUCAGAGCUCAAUCAUGUCGUUAAUGGCAUCAAUCUUCCGUCGAAAGCGACACAGCGAGCACUUACUACUCCAAAUAAGACUCUUCUGCGGCUCUACUUCUCCCCGUUUACCUGCACAGAAACAAAAAUGGCACCGGAUAGAGAAAAUUUUGAUAGCGAACAGAGGCGAAAUUGCCUGCAGAGUCAUGAGGACGGCGAAGAGGUUGGGGAUUCGAACCGUCGCCGUUUACAGCGACGCCGAUAAAGAUUCACUCCACGUGAAAUCCGCGGACGAGGCCGUCCACAUCGGUCCUUCACCGGCUAGGCUUAGUUACCUUUGUGGUUCUUCCAUCGUUGAGGCCGCCAUUCGUACCGGUGCGCAGGCUAUCCACCCUGGUUAUGGUUUCUUAUCGGAGAGUGCUGAAUUUGCCCAACUUUGCGGAGAUAAAGGUCUUACAUUUAUUGGACCCCCGGCAGCUGCAAUACGAGACAUGGGUGAUAAAAGUGCAUCAAAAAGAAUAAUGGGUGCUGCUGGAGUUCCUCUCGUGCCAGGAUAUCAUGGCUGCGAACAAGAUAUUGAACUUAUGAAGUUAGAAGCAGAUAAGAUUGGAUAUCCUAUCUUGAUAAAGCCAACUCAUGGUGGCGGAGGAAAGGGAAUGAGAAUUGUGCAAAGUCAAGAUGAAUUUGUUGACUCUUUCUUGGGAGCACAACGUGAGGCUGCUGCCUCUUUUGGAAUCAACACAAUUUUGUUAGAGAAGUACAUCACUCAACCUCAACAUAUAGAAGUCCAGAUAUUUGGAGACCAACAUGGCAAUGUUCUGCAUUUAUAUGAGAGGGAUUGCAGUGUGCAGAGAAGACACCAAAAGAUAAUAGAAGAAGCUCCAGCUCCAAAUAUAACCAAUGAUUUUCGCUUCCAAAUAGGUCAGGCUGCUGUAUCCGCAGCCAAGGCAGUUGGUUAUUAUAAUGCCGGUACCGUGGAGUUUAUAGUUGACACUACAACGGGCCAGUUCUAUUUUAUGGAAAUGAACACCCGCCUUCAGGUUGAACAUCCUGUGACUGAGAUGAUUGUUGGCCAAGAUCUUGUAGAAUGGCAAAUCCGUGUUGCAAAUGGGGAGUCUCUUCCAAUUAAUCAAUUGCAAGUACCAUUAUCAGACAAAUGCUGUGUGAGUUACUCUUGACUGAUCUGCCGUAACUUGUUGUUUCACAUGCAAAGCUGCUCAAUCUCCCUGAAAUAUGUGCAUGAAGAAGUUGAAUUGCUGAUUUAAGCAUGAAAUCAUCCAUAACUACUGGCUCCUAUUCCAUUCUGUUAGUCUCAGGUGAAUGAUCUGGUUAUGGAUCUAGAAACUGGAUAAAGAGAGCUUGAAAGCUUUUCUUCCUGUUUUACCUAUUUUGAUAGUGUGUUGAGGGCUUUCUGGAGAGAAUCCUAGGAUUUUAGAGUUCAGGAGAAAACUAACUUUUGAUGGAUAAAUUCUAAUUUUUUUCUUUUCUUUUCUGAAAAAGUUCUCUAUCAUCAGUUACAACUGAAGAAUAGCUACCUAAAAGCAGAACUACAAAUUUAAA